AUGUCAAUGCCUUCAGGAACUUUGACUAAACUUGCAGAAGAAUCUAACGAAAUUCCGGUGAUAUCUCUCUCCGGAAUCAACGAUGUUGAUGGAAAAAGAGGUGAAACCAUCUACCGCCAGAUUGUGGAGGCUUGCGAGAAUUGGGGCAUGUUCCAGGUGAUCGAUCAUGGCGUCGAUACCAAUUUGAUGAUGGAUAUGACUCGCCUCUCUCGUGACUUCUUCGUGUUACCUUCAGAAGAGAAGAUCCGAUACGACAUGUCCGGCGGUAAAGAAGGCGGCUUCAGUGUCUCUUGUCACCUCCAGGGAGAGGCGAUGCGGGACUGGAGAGAGGUAGUGAUGUAUUCAUCUUAUCCGCUGAGGAAGAGAGACUACUCACGGUGGCCAGAUACGCCGGAGGGAUGGGUGAAAGUGACGGAGGAGUUCAGCGAGAGGAUGAUGGGUUUGUCUUGUAAGGUCCUUGAGGUUUUGUCAAAAACUAUGGGACUUGAGAAAGACGCACUGACCAAAUCUUGCGUUGAUGUCGAUCAGAAAAUCGUUAUUAACUAUUUCCCGGAACGCCCUAAGCCUGACCUAACCCUAGGGAUGCGUCACACUGACCAUGGAAUCAUCACUGUGCUGCUCCAAGACCAAGUCAGUUGUUUGCAAACUACAAGGGACAAUGGCAAGACAUGGAUCACGGUUCCGUUCAUUGAAGGAGCGUUUGUUGUCAAUCUCGGAGAUAUUUGCCACUAUCUGAGCAACGGGAGGUUCAUGACGUCUGACCAUCAGGCGGUGGUGGACUCAAACGCGAGCAGACUAUUCAUAAACACAUUCAUGUUUCCGGCGCCGGAUGCUCCUGUGUAUCCGCUUAAAGUAAGAGAGGGAGAGAAAGCGAUCAUGGAAGAGCCAUUAACUUUUGAAGAGAUUACUAAUAGAAAGAUGAAAGAUCUUAUAUAG